CAACUGAGGAUGGAUUACUGAACAGACCUACUGGGCACAUGAACAGGAGCCCAAAAGGAUCAGCGGGCCCCUGGGCUUCACCUCUAAAAUGUCACUGAAAGAAACAGAUACUGACCACAAAGAGUAGCAAAAAAGAAAUUAAAAACCCAGAGAGACACUAAAUGACCACAAAGAGUUGCAAAAUUACUUAAACUACAGUUCAAAACCAGAAAAACAUACAAAAUAACCAUACUGAGACAUACAAUGCAGAAAGAGGCACAAAAUACAUGUAACAUAAAAAUUACCUACAGUAGAUGCAAAAUAAGCAAAAACAUAUAAACAAAUAAAUCAUAAAAACAUAGAAAUCUGUAAUAAACUUUCAAAACCAGAAAAAAGGGCAGUGCAAGAGUGACAACAGCAUUGAAAUCGGUAGAUAAGGGAAGACAUUAAAUUGAGAAUAGAGUGGGAUGUGUGAAAAAUGAGGAGGGAAAAGACAGAUGAUGAUGCCAAGAUUAAAAAUAGGACACAGCAAUCUGGGCAUGGGAGAAGGGAAGCAUCCAACUACUCUUUGUGAACAUUGUGAGGUAUAGAGCAAUUUAUUUUAGCUGCACAAAAUAAUUUUAAAAUGACAUAAUGGAAGAAAUGGAAAGACCAGGGCUAAGAGGAGCAAGAUCACAGAGUAUACUGGAUUAUGGGGACAGUGGGAGUUGUUUAGUCAUCUAAUUCAACAGGACUAAUGGGAAAAUCUGACUAACUGGACACUGUAGGAGUUAAUUACCACCAGAAGGUGGCAGCAGUGCAGCACCGAAGAGGCCGGCCGCCAUUAAACCGCGAAGAAGAAGAAGUUGAUUUGGCGGUUAUUGCAAAACGUAAACAGAGGAAGCUAAAAAUGGAGGAGAGCGACGUAGCAACACAAAAGGAGACUGUAGAUAACACUUGUGGCGGAGACCCCGCUGAAAAGCAGCCUAAUGAAGCCACGGGAGAGGUUUCCUCACAGAUGUCAAACCCUGGGUCAGUUCAUAAGCCGUCCGAGGAGAGCGGAGCUCGGUACAACAGGCUGAAGCUCUUCGACAAAGUGAUGCAGAAGAGCCUGGAGAAGUUCAUCGACCAUGUUAGUUUUAACAGAUUCGCCAGCACAUUUCGUCCGCUGUACAAGAAGAACCCUCAGAGGAUGGAGAGCAUUCACAAGCAGUUCAUAGAGGAGUUGCGGAGGACUAUCAAGGAGGACAUCAGCAGACUGAUUGAAGAAGGCCGGUUAGAGGUCAAACUGAAUGAGCUGGACAAACUGGAGCGCGCUGCCAAGAACAACCCAGACCCUGCAUGGCGGCCCAGUGGGGUUCCUGAACAGGACUUUUGCAGCUUUUUGAUGCCCUACUAUCAAAAGCAGGAAGCUUACAUGCGACUGGAGCUGAAAAAGAUCCAAGCGGAGAAUGCUGCACUUGCACAGAAGGCUCAGGCUGGCAGAGAGAGUGUGGCUCAGACUGAAAACCGGAUUUCAGCAGCUGUUGAUGAGUGGAAGGCAUCAGUCACAGAAUUUGAAAGUUUGGCGUCUUCUCUCUGCCCUACUGAUGUCUUUGAUGUGUGAUCUUCAAAUUAUUCUACAAAUCAUCUAAGUUAACUGUACAUAUUGAUUUUGUUUACUAUGGCUGUUUGUCUUAAAAUAAACUUGAAAUUUUGGAAAUAAAAUGUGUUUUGU